AUGGUGGCUGACUCUUCCUCUUUUAUGCAGCAGCCACUGUGCCAUGAUAGUGAGAGCUCUGCCUUGCUUCAGUUCAAGCAAAGCUUUUUGAUUGAUGGGCAUGCCUCUGGUGAUCCUUCUGCUUAUCCAAAAGUUGCAAUGUGGAAAUCCCAUGGAGAAGGAGAAGGAAGUGAUUGCUGCUCUUGGGAUGGUGUUGAGUGUGACAGGGAGACUGGCCAUGUGAUCGGCCUUCACCUUGCCAGCAGUUGUCUCUAUGGUUCUAUCAACUCCAGCAACACCCUCUUCAGUCUUGUUCAUCUCCGGAGGCUUGACCUCUCUGAUAAUCAUUUCAAUUACUCUGAGAUCCCAUUUGGUGUUGGUCAACUUUCAAGGCUUAGGAGUCUCGAUCUCUCUUAUGCUAGAUUCUCUGGCCAAAUCCCAUCAGAACUCUUAGCACUGUCCAAAUUGGUUUUCCUUGAUCUCUCGGCAAACCCAAUGUUGCAGCUUCAAAAGCCUAGCUUGAGAAAUCUGGUUCAGAACUUUGCCCACUUAAAGAAACUUCGUCUAAGCGAGGUGAACAUUUCUUCAACAAUACCUCAUGAGUUGGCAAAUUUAUCUUCAUUGACAACUCUCUUUCUCAGAGAAUGUGGAUUGCAUGGAAACCAGUCCGUUAAAAGAGUUGCAUCUUUAUGGUACGAGUUUUUCUGGUUACGCAGUUUAAAACUUGAUUUUAACAUGUUGCAAGGACCACUUCCAAUUCCACCACCAUCAACCAGUGAAUAUUCAGUCUUUGGAAAUAAACUGACCGGAGGAAUUUCGCCACUUAUUUGCAACAUGAGUUCUCUUAUGUUACUUGAUUUGUCUAGUAACAAUUUGAGUGGCAGGAUUCCCCAAUGUCUGGCCAAAUUGAGCAAAUCUCUGUCCGUACUGGAUCUGGGAAACAACAGCCUUGAUGGCCCCAUUCCUCAAACAUGCAGAAUGACAAACAAUUUGAGGGUGAUUGAUUUAGGUGAAAAUCAAUUCCAAGGCCAAAUACCAAGAUCAUUUGCCAAUUGCAUGAUGCUCGAGCACCUUGUUCUCGGAAACAAUCAAAUCGAUGAUAUUUUCCCUUUUUGGCUUGGAGCCCUCCCACAGCUACAGGUUCUUAUUUUGAGAUCCAACAGAUUCCAUGGUGCAAUAGGGAGUUGGCACUCCAAUUUUAGGUUUCCCAAGUUGCGCAUUGUCGACCUCUCUGACAAUAAGUUUAUAGGUGAUUUGCCAUCAGAGUAUUUCCAAAAUUGGGAUGCCAUGAAACUUACAGAUAUUGCAAACGACCUUAGGUACAUGCAGGCACGCCCGGAGUUUGAAAUCCCAGGGUAUGGAUGGACUGCCCGUUACAUGUACUCAAUGACAAUGACAAAUAGAGGCAUGCAGAGGUUUUACAAGAAGAUCCCUAAUAUUUUCAUAGCAAUUGAUUUCUCGGGCAACAAUUUCAAAGGACAAAUUCCAACCUCCAUUGGGAACCUCAAUGGGCUUCAUUUGCUGAACCUUGGCGGCAACAAUCUUACUGGCCAUAUCCCAUCCUCCCUGGGGGACCUAACACAGCUGGAGUCAUUGGAUCUUUCCCAGAACCAGCUCUCAGGAGAGAUCCCUUUGCAACUAACAAGGAUAACAUUCCUUGCAUUCUUCAAUGUGUCUCAUAAUCAUCUAACAGGGCCUAUACCACAAGGAAAACAAUUUACAACAUUUCCAAAUGCUUCCCUUGAUGGGAACCUGGGAUUGUGUGGAAGUCCUUUGUCAAGGGCAUGUGGAAGUUCCGAGGCAUCACCACCAACAUCUUCAUCCUCUAAACAAGGUUCAACUAGUGAAUUUGAUUGGAAAUUUGUAUUAAUGGGAUACGGAAGUGGGCUAGUAAUCGGAGUUUCAAUUGGGUACUGCUUGACCUCAUGGAAACAUGAGUGGUUUGUGAAAACCUUUGGAAAGUGGCAAAGAAAAUGGACAAGGAAAGAAAGAAGGGGGAACAAAAGCUAA